AUGGCUAUGAAAACUUCACCAUUUGCUUUAUAUAAAACUUUUAUCGAUGCUUAUAUGCAAGGUCAUCCUGAAGUGGUCAAAUCUCUUCGUCAUUACAAUGGUUUAGCUGAAUGGGAUAAAAUAAAAAAUAAUGAAGAAUUAAUUAAAUCAAAUAUUGAAAAAUAUCUUGCAAUUGCAAAAAAACCAACUGUAACUACAAAUGAAACAAAACCAUCUACUGAUAAUGAAACAACAACAACAACAACAACAACUGGACGAAAACGAACAAUAUCAUCUGAUGAUGAAACAGAAGUUCAUGAUCCAUUAUUUGAUCCAGAUAUUGUUGUUCCAGUUGAACCAACAUUUUCAAAACGUACAAUAAAAAAUUCUGUUUGUGAGAAAGAAGAUGAAACAAAACCAUGGGUUAUUCGUGGUAUUGAAAAAGCUAAAGCUCGUGUUCAAGCUCAUCUUGCAAAAAUUGAAGCAAAACGUCUUGCUAAACAAAGUCGAGUAAAAGCUCCAGCACAAGAAGCUCUUGCACAAGAAAUAAAAGAAAUAUCUGAACGUAUAGCUAAUUUAUUGCAAGUUAAAAAUAUGGGUUUAUCAACUGAUGAAACAAAUUUUACAUUAAAAAAAUUAAUUCGACAAAAAAAAGAACGUUCAACAGAACUUAGUCUUUUACAAUCGAAACAACGUGCUGGUAAACGUUAUCGUCAACGAAGAAAAAAACGUCUUGAAACAUUAUGUAAUGCUGAUCCAGAAGUUGCUACUGAACUUUUAAAACUUUAUAAACCAACAACAAUAGCUGUACAAACGAUUGAUAAUGUUUCGCCAGAUUUAUUACAAACAAUUGAAGAAAUUGCAAGAAUUGGUGGUGUAUCAGAUGCAAAUUCAAGAUUGAUGAAUAGUGGACCAUGUACAACAUUAGAUGAACUUAGAGACAAAAUAAAAGAACGUGGUUAUGAAAUUCGUAGAUCAUCAGUUUUCUAUCGUCUUAUACCUGCUGGUGCUUUUUCUGAAGAUGGAAAAAAACAUGGUACUUCAUCGGGUGUUCGUCUUCGAAAACUUCAAGGUAUCGAACAAGCUCGACAUGAAGAUUGCUAUUUUGUAUCUGCUACCUUAAAAUAUAUGAAAGAUUUAGCUGGAACUUUUGGAAAUGAUUGUGUUUUUUAUCUUGUUCAAGAUAAUAAAGCUUCAAUUAGAAUUGGUCGACCUGCAGCUAGAGGAAAUUCGCCACUUAUCAUGCGUCUUGAUUAUCAAAUUAGUACAGCUAAUUCAACGCCAAUGCCACCAUCAGUUCCAUAUCAACUUAAACCAACAGUAUAUGCAUCUUGUAUUCUUGAUGAAAAUGGUGUUAUUACUAAUUCUGGUCCAACAUAUAUUUCUGUUCGUUCAGCAAAACAUGAUCGAAUAAAUAUUGAUUGUGAAGAAGUUGAUUUUGAUCAUGUUGUUAAAUUAAAAGAAUUCGAACGAACAGCACGAAAUCAUAUUGGUGAAGUUAAACCAGUUAUUAUUAUGAAUAUAGAUAGUAUUAAUCCAAUGGAUUAUACACGUUAUCAAAAAACUCUUUAUUUAUCAAUUAAAAAAUUUAAAAAAUAUAAUUUAGAUGUUUUUAUUCUUAUUACACAAGCACCAGGUCAAACAGCAUUUAAUAUGGUUGAACGACGUUUAGCAUUAUUAUCACAUGAUUUAUCAGGUUUAGUUUUACCAGAUAAUUAUUUUGGUACACAUUUAAAUAUAAGUGGUUUAACAAUUGAUGCUGAAUUAGAAAAAAUGAAUUUAAAAAAAACCGGUGAAGUACUUGCUGAAGUAUGGAAUAUGAACAUGAUUGAUCGUUGUCAAGUUGUUACUGAAUAUAUUGAUCCACCAACAUCAGCAGAUGAAAUGGUUCGAUUUAUUGAUACUAAAUUUACUUUAGAUUAUAUUAUUGAUGAAAUUUGUGAUGAAGAUGAAGAAAUUCCACUUCAUCAACGUAUUCAACGUUCUCGCCCAGCUUUUUAUCCAGAUUCAAAUACAGAUACAAAACCUAAACCUGUUUAUGAUAUUGAUGAAUAUUGGUGUGCAACACAUGUUUUUCAAACUCAAUAUACAAUUCAAAUAGUUCGUUGUACUAAACCAGAAUGUUGUGGUCCAUGGCGUUCGAAUUAUAUUCAAGUAUUUCCUCAUCGAUUUCUUCCACCACCUGUACCAUUUCAUCGUUCAUCACGUGGUGUUAGAUUAGAAAAUAUUGAAUCAUCAUUUGCUAAUCUAAAACCAACAUCACCAUAUUAUGGUACAUUAUUUCAACGUAUUCAAUUUCAUGGUAUUGUUAUGCGUGGAACACAAAAUCAAUUAAUACCAUUUGAUGCUUAUUGUCCAUCAAUUCAAAAUAAAAUGUAUUCACGUACAUGUACGAUUUGUAAACAAUAUAUUCCAUCUGCAGCACGUUUACGUAAUCAUUAUAAAGUUCAUCAACAACGAUACGCAUCUAAAUAUACUGAUCAUAAUAAUAAUAAGAAUAAUAAAGAAGAAGAAUUAAUUGAUGAUGAUGAUCCUAUUGAUCCAAGUGAUUUACCAUUAUCACCAAUAAAUAUAAGUCAAAAUGGAGUUUUUCUUUUUACUGAUAUGACUGAUUGGUUAAAAUCUGAUUUUGAAGAUGAUCCUGUUACUGAACCAAAACCAAAAUCAGUAGCUGCAACAGCAAAUGCUAUGAUUAGAAAAGAAAAACAAUUAGUAGCUGAAGCAACUGCUGCUAUUGCUGAAAGUUCAAAACUACUUCAAAAAUCAAAAACAGCAACAACAACACAAAAUGAUGUUGUUGAAUCAGUAGCAACUAUUUCAGUUGAUAAUGCAUUAUCAUUAAAUGAUAAUGUUGAUAUUCCUGAAAUUAAGGUGGAACAAGACGAUGUAUCUGAUGCACUUGAACAAUUAAAUGUUAUGGAUGAUAAUAUUAAUAAUAGUUAUGAUGAUCUUAGUGAUCUUAUAGACAAAAUUUGA